UUCAAUCUUCUGCAGACAUCCCCAUCUCCAUCUCCAAAGAGAAGAUCAUCUCACGAAGCAUGGCGGGGAAAUCCGGCGCUCGCACGAGGAAGCGCGUGGAGGCGACGGAGGCCGCCGUCCUGAAGCGCGCGCGCGACGGCAGCGCCUUCACCCGCUGCGAGGCCUGUGGGAAGAGCGUCUCCGUCGCCCUCAUCGACAUGCAUAACUGCAGCCUCGACGACAAGAUCCGCAUGACCCUAGAGGCGCAGGUCGUGGAGCAGGCCGUGGAGGUGACGGCCAACACCAAGAAGGGGAAGGGCGACGACGACAACAAGAAGAAGAAGGGCAAGCGCCCGCCAACCGCUUUCUUCCUCUUCUUGGCUGACUUCAGGAAGGAGUACAAGGCGGAGCACCCCGGCAACAAGAGCGUCUCUGCUGCUGCCAAGGAAGGAGGGGAGAGGUGGAAAGCCAUGUCCGAUGAGGAGAAGAAGCCUUACCUGGACAAGGCAGCUGAGCUCAAGGCAGAGUAUGACAAUGGCGAGCACAGCGAUGAGAACAAUGUUGGUGGCAAAGCAGCAGACGAGCAGGAGGUAGAUCAGCCACCCAGUAAAUCUGAGCCAGAGGAAGAGAGGAACGAGUUGGACGACGAUAUGUAGUGUAGCUAGCCUGGGAUUUGUGUUUUGUAAAUGGCGGCGCACUUCUCGCUUGGCUAGUGACAGUGUAGUGUAGUGUAGUGCGGGCACUGGCAGGACUCAGAUUGAUUGAUUCUGGUGGUGGUGAUGAAUGCUCCUGUCUGUGUGUACCACUACUACUACUCCUCCGCUUGCACAUGAAUGAACUGAACGAUUCGAUUCGACUCGACUACUACUACUUAAUUACCCCCCAUUGGAUUGGAAUGGAUUGCACUUUCUUCCUCAUUCCCAUGUCAA